CCUUCAGUGGCUGACAAAGUCGAUGAUUGGUCAAGAUGGGACAAGGUGUUUCACCUUCAGCAGAAGAUAGGAUGCUCCGGAACUGGGCCAGCUAAAAGGAAGGAAAAAGACACGUUUGACUUCAAACUUAAAUAUGAUCUUCGAUAUAGAUCUAGCUGUCGAUGGGGUUUCCAUUCAUGCCUACCAUGCCGUCCAUAUCUGGUAUGCAUCUCAGUGAAGUGAAAUGCACAUGACAGUCUGGCUUUUUCAGUGUCAUGCCACCUAGUCUAUUCAAUUCCUCAAUCAAAACCACAGUAUGACAGAUUUUUCUUGUACUGCCAGUUUUGGAAUGCCCUACUCCCAGAAGCCUGUCAGAUCCUAAGCCUGGGCAUCUUCUGGACUCCUAGACCCUUUGUUACAGCAGCAUUUAGUGGUGAUUUACUGGAGUUACGUAAUUUUAUCAUCUGCCAAAUAUGUUAUCACCCAAGAGAAAGUAGAUGUGGACAUUGGAUCAAAGAAAAAUAGGGUUGGAAGAGACGUCACAAUGUUACCUAAUCCAACCCCAGCUCAAGGUAGGAACAUCCCUGACUGAACCAUCCCAGACAAUGCUAAGAGGUGGGCCAGUCCAAGGAGCCUACAGGCUACGCCAGCUUCACUUUCACUGGGGUUCUUCUGAUGAUCAUGGUUCGGAGCAUAUUAUUGAUGGAGUGAAACAUGCAGCAGAGCUUCACAUGGUGCACUGGAAUCCAAAACAUGGUAACUUUGCUGGAGCUUUGAAACAACGUGACGGAGUAGCUGUAGUGGGCAUUUUUCUGCAAGUAGGGAAUACUCCCAAACCAGAGAUCAAGAGAAUUCUUGAAGAACUAGAUACUAUUAAGACAAAGGGGAAAGAAGCUCCUUUCCAACAUUUUGAUCCAUCAAUCCUUUUCCCCAAAUCUCGGGACUACUGGACCUAUGAGGGCUCCUUCACUACACCUCCUUGUGAAGAGUGUAUCACGUGGAUUCUUCUAAGGGAGCCUAUUGUUGUCAGCCCAGACCAGAUGGCAAAGCUGCGGAGCCUUUCCAUGAAUGCUGAGAAUGAACCUUUUUGCCCCCUGGUGGAUAACUGGCGUCCUCCGCAGCCUCUGAAGGGCAGGGUCGUGAGAGCCUCCUUCAAAUAGAAACAUCCAAUUUCUGCAGAGGUUUGAGUGAGGAAAUCCCCAGAUGCCAAAGCCUAACUAGUAUUGUGUCCUCUGCUCCCCCCACAGGCACUAAUUGACAAUAGUUUCCCCAUGCAGAAGCUCAGUCUGUAUAUAGAAUGACAGCUUAUUCAGGGGAGGAGCACUGUUGGUUUAGGAAAAGGCAGCAACAGUGGAUCAAUGGCUUGCAAACAGUAAAACAUCUUUCAGGGCAUUUUUUGCAGUCAUCCUUUUCCUGCUGCUCCUUACCUGCUUGUAAUGUGACAAACACAUGCCACUUCCCUCUUCCUCUGGACCUCACUCAUACCUCAGUAUUAGACUGGCAAAGUACUAAAGCCUGGAUGUGCAGUCAUGUGGAUUCAUCACCCCCAGCUCUGGGGGCAAAGCAAGGAUAGAGUGUUGCCUGGCUUUGAAAAGAUGCCUUGCUGCCAUUUCUGCAUCAUCUCUAUCUCUCUUGCCUUGCUGCUGCUUUCUUGCUGCUUCUGCCAAAUCUAUUACUUUUUCUUGUCUUGCUACUGCUGCUAUUCUACCUCCCACCACCCUGGUCUAGUGAUUUAAAAUUCUACUGUUCUGCACAGGAUACAACUUGCUGCUGCUGCUUCUGUAUAGCUUCUCAGCACCACACAGUUUCCAAGUACAAUGCAGAGUCCAAAUUUGAGACUCCACUAAAGUGGCAGCUUUUUAGUAAUUUUGAAUAAUAGAUAUUUAACUGCUUGGGAGGAACUUUCCUAUUGAUGUCACUGUGUCAUUUAUCAACCUCACUGCUGCUUCCAAGCUCAAGUCUGAAGUUCUGCCCAUUUAUUGGCAAUUUUGAUUUUUAAUAGUGCUUGGAUGAUGAGAGGCUCUCAAUGGGAUCUGCUGAGCUUUAUCGUGACACUCUCCAUUUGGGCCUUUGUUAGGGAUACAGAGUGUUCAAAUGGCAUGUAGAUAAACAGCUGUUUACUAAAUAGGAGCACUUGCCUCUUGACUCUUUCCAGCAAUUUGACAUGGGUAUGGUUCCACAGGGCAAGCAGAGUACAAAUCUGCUACCUCUAGUCAUGCAGGAAGGAUAACUUUUUUUUUUCAGUGCCUCAACAGCCAAGACUUCAAACUUAAUUUAUAGCCCAAAUGUAUGAAAAUGAUUACCUUGGAGGUGUUGGUAUUGCCUAUGCAAAUGAAAUCUGCUUAUCUUCUCUCUCCCUCCACUUCAUUGACGGAUGGCAAAGAGGGUGCCUUUGGUCAAGUUUUACUAUGGUAGUGUGCCUGAUUUUUAUGUCUAAAAUGAGGGAAGGGGGAAGGUCUGGUUACAAAUAAAGCAGAAAUAAGUUUCGUCCAUUAUCCUUAUGUUCUUCACCAGACUUCCAACCAACAGAACUGAGUUGCUGAAUUUAUUAUAGACUAAAUCCUGCUCUUGUGUUUACCACUAGAAUCCUAGGAAUCCUGGAUAUAACUGAAGGCAGAUUUUGUGCUGUUCCAUUUAUCAGCAUCCUUUCCACAUGUCUAUAAUCAAACUGAUAAUUAAGCAAGGGAUUUUAAUGGCCCAAAUAUUUAAGUUGAAAGACUUUUAUGCUGAAAAGUUGAAACUAAAGUGUUUAAAUAAAGAGUGUGGAAUUGUGGAGGGUUCUUCCUUCCAAUUGUUUUAACAACAAUCAACUUGUCCUGGCAACUGGAUGAACUCUUCAGUUGCUGUACUAAAUUGAAAUGAGGCAAAUUUUGUGAAACCCUAAGCUUUCUUUAGUUUCCUGAAUCCUUGCUUCUCCUUUAAUGAAUGAAAAUGGCUUCAACAUGAGAGUUGUUUAAACUCAUUUUUCUACUGUAACAUGUCUUACAUGGCAAAGCCAAAUUCUGUCCUCGUAUGUAGAUACAGUUGGUCCCAGUGUCAUUGAGCUUUGUAUGCAAGUGGUGAGAUCAGAACUUGACUCUUACUCUAUAAAUGCAAUUGACUGUGAUGUUCUCAUCUCUUGUUUGUUCAAGCAGUAAAAUAACUUUGUUUGCACUUAAAGAGCAUAUCCAAUUUGAGAGAACCAAUAAAUACUCAUAGAAAU